UGCGAGACAGCGAACACCUGCUUCGUCAGUACAGGCCAGUUCUCGACGGUGACCCAACGCUGGGCUUUGGCUGGAUCUUUUAACGUUAGAUUCCGUGGCAAGUCAUGACCAAGACGUCGCAGGAGCCGCCAGCUCAGGAGGAACCUGACUACCUGAUAAAUCAAAGCACCCAUACGUGCCUGGCAGUCUUGGGUGGCACUUGCCCCGAUGAUGCCGUCCUAGGGAUGGCAGAGUGCAGCGGCGCCAGGAGUCAGCAGUGGUACGCGACCGGCGACGGCCAGUGGCAGUGGGGAGGCAACCGCGCCUACUGCCUGGUUUCACACCCGGAUACGCUGAGGGUAGAACUGGGCUACUCCAACUCCGCGGAAGGGUCUACCUGCUGGGUUCACGACGACGCUGAUAGGUUGGUGGACGGCGAACUGGUUCUGGACGUGCCUUGGGAGAGCCCCAGGACUGCGGUUGGGCUGUGGCCGAAGCACGAAGGGAGCAACCAAAAGUGGUGGACGCUGUCUACACUGAAGGCGCACCUGAAUGUGGCGGAAGAGCCCAUAAACGGAAUGAUUAUCGACAUUUUAGGUCCCCAAUGGCAAGACACCAUCCAGAAAUUUAACCGCCGCAGCAGCGAAACAAGUCAGACAACUGAAAGCAGCUGCGAGGAAGAAGCAGAACCGGACGUUUUCAUUAACCAAAGUAGCCUGACAUGCCUGGCGGUCACAUCAGGAUCGAGUCCUCUGGAUGCCGUUGUCGGGCUGGAGUCCUACACAGGCAGUCCAAGGCAACGGUGGUUUUUGAAGGACAAGAGAUUGCUCUGGGGAGGUGAUCUUGCUUACUGCCUCGAGGUGGACCUAGAAAAAUUCAGUAUCAGACUCGCUGAGUGUGCGGCUUCGUCGGUGGAGUGGACGCUUGACGAAAGCGGAGUGCUCUCGACGGGGACGCACGCGCUAGACGUUCCGUGGAAAAUCCCGAGGACGAAAGCCAUCAUGUGGCCAAAAAAUGGACGGGAGAAUCAGAGGUGGUGGAAGCUCUCGAAACUCUGCGACUCGAUUGGCCAUUGCCUCUACCCAUUUCCUCCAUCCAGCCUGACUCUCUACAAGAAAGAGACUGCGCGAGAAAUAAUCAACAGACUGACCCCCGUGACAGAACCGCUUCCUUAUCCCCGUGACGUACAAACUUUCCCAGGUGCAGUGGACGCCGCGACGCCCCGGCUGAGGAAAACCCUCCUGCUGGACCUCUCGACGCUCGGGCAGAGGAAGAACUUGCGCAUGACGGUCCCUCAAGACUGGCAAGCUACGGAUCUCUACGUGGUUCCUGGAGAGGUCUUCCAGGUUAUUCUGCCUGACGACUUACCGCCCGAACAAGCAGAUCAGGUCAAAGUGCGGGUCGGCGCGCAUUGUGACUGCCUUGAUCUUCAUUCGACCAAUGUGUCGGAUCAGAGAAAGUUCAAGAGAAUGCCAGUCGUUACUGACGUGUUCGAAGUCUUCCCUGGAAUUAAUUCACUUAGAAGCCAGUUUGGUGGAAGCCUGAUUUUUAUGUUUGAGGAAGGGGACAAUUUUGUGACCAAAGUUGAAGUGCAAAAUGUGAUAGCAGCUCCGUAUUAUAGACUUGGCACGACCUCCGAUAAAAUAUGGAACAGGUCUAAGUACCUGCAUGCACCCAGUUCUGUUUUGGAAAGCGGCCGCUUCGUCUUCGUCAUCCCUACGACAGCAGCCAGCAAAAUCACCGACCCUCAGAAGCUUAUGCAGAGAUACGACCGCGUCAUGGAGAAGAUGGAUGACCUCUGUGGCUUCGGAGACACAGACCCCCCACCAAGAGGUAAAUACUGGCUGGUCGAGGACGUCCAGAUCUCCUGUGGCAGCGCGCACGCAGGGUUCCCAGUGAUGUUUGAUCGGCAAUACUAUGACCUAACCUCCCUCGAUACGCCCCACCACUGGGUCAUCAGCCACGAAAUGGGCCACAACUAUCAACAGGGACCCUAUUGGUCUAACGUCUACGGCAGCGAAUCUACUGUCAACCUGUUUUCCGUGUUUGUAGAGGAAGAGCUAAACACAGGAAACCGUUUGAAGAAGCAAAAUGACUAUCUUAAGGCGGCGAAGGCAGUAGAUGAAGGCAUGAAAUUCGAGGAGGCUGACUGCUGGCAGAAGCUGGUGUUCCUGAUGGAAAUCAAGCACGCCUUCCCCGAGCCAGGGUGGGAAAUGUUCCGCCACCUGAAUCGAACCACUCGCGCCCUAAGAGAGGAGGAGGCUCAGCACAUAGUGUCAGAUAGUCAGCAUCAAUUUGAUUAUGUCUACAAGGUGCUGAGUAAGCGAAUAGGUCGAGACCUGAUCUUGACGUACAAAAGAUGGGGCAUCGACAUCAGCCAGGAAGCACAGGACGAGAUCCAGCAACUGGAGUUAAAGAAAGCCCCGGGGGAUCUCUCUCAUUGA